UUUUAGAUAAAAGUGGUGUCUAGUUUUCUGGAGCAGAAUUGUAUUAAUUAUGUCCAAGGUUACAUUCAAGAUCACUUUGACAUCUGAUCCUAAGUUACCUUUUAAGGUGCUAAGUGUACCAGAAAACACUCCAUUUACAGCUGUUCUGAAAUUUGCUGCUGAAGAGUUUAAAGUGACACCAGAAACUAGUGCUAUAAUUACAGAUGCUGGUAUUGGAAUCAAUCCAUCCCAAACUGCAGGUGAUGUCUUCUUAAAGUAUGGCUCUGAGCUGCGCUUAAUACCUAGAGACAGAGUUGGCGACUUACAUUCCAGCUGAAAUAUGUUUUCUUGGAUGUAUAUACUUAUUUAUAUAAAUAUAUAAAAUAUAUGUUAA